AUGGUGGCCGCUCCAGAGACGCAAAGGCAGCGCGAGGAGGAGUCGCCCACCUUCGCCCAGCCCAUCUUCCCCUCUCUCCGCUUCUUCCACACCAUCCUGUACGCCUUCAAGGUUGUCGCAUUUCUCGUCACCCUCCACACGAGCGACCUCGUCCUCCUGCUCCUCAACCUCGUCUCGCCGAGUAGGAAGGGCCGCGACGUCUCUCCUCCCGCCUUCAGCCCGUCGAACCCGCCUCCGUUCGCCGACUACCCGUUUCUGUGGGGCUUGUGCAAGACGGCGAACUGGCUUGGCAAGGAGUGGAGUCCCGAGUGGCUCUGGAGCUGGACGCACUGGUCUGGCUUGCUCCGCAAAGGAAAGAUCUCGCAGCCGAUGAACGAAGAAGGCUGGUCUCGCUCGCCGUGUCCCGCCUUGAACGCCCUUGCCAACCACGGAAUCAUUCCGCGUGAUGGCCGUCACCUCACCCCGAGCCAGCUUUCGAGUGCCAUCCAGUACGCCUACAACCUCAGCCCGACGCUCGCCAUCCAGCUCCUCUCGCCCUUUGAGCCUCUCUGGCGCGACCGCGGCUGGUUCGACCUCUCCGACCUCGGCGUGCACAACCUCGUCGAGCACGACGGCUCGCUCACUCGCGAAGACAACAACUCGCCAUUUGCGCAAGCUACGGACGUCGCGACGCAGGCAACCCCGUCGAAGCGCCUGAUCGACCGCUACUUCCCGCCCGAGGUCGAGAGGCCGCUCACCUGGCAGAACUUUGCGGCGAUGCUCAGGCACCGUCGCCUCGAAGCCCGCGAGCACAACCCGCAGUUCGUUUACAACACGCUUCAUCGCAUCUUCGCCUCCGGCAACGCCGCCCUCGAGUUCCGCACCAUCGAUGACAAGAUCCAGGACCACCGCGACUGGCUCGGCGUCGGCGACGACGGCUGCGAGCGCUUCCCGAGGAAUUUCCAUAGCGGCGCGAAGGACGCCUAUGGCUACACGAUCCUCCAGGCCCAGCUCUUCACCGCCAUGAUCGAGCUCGCGGCCGGUCCCAUUGACGGCACGCCGCGCAUGAAGACGAUUGCGGACGGUGUCGCAGCGCAGGACGGCUGGAACGCCAUGCUCGGCGAGACGGGAACGAAGUCGAGGAGGCACCGCGCGAGCUCGCCCAUGUCGAGCGCUGGCGGGUCAUCGAGGGACUGA